AUGAGCAAAGCAUCGGAAAAUAAGAAUACGGAGGAUCAAAGAACGCAUUUUGAUGAAAAGGAAAAAAAAAAGUUGUUUUUGUAUGGUUAUGAGCAACAGUUGCUUUAUGGACGAAUUAAUUGGAAGCUUGCCGAACAAAAGAAAAUAACAAAAUAUGCUAUAAAUAUAAUGAAAAAUUAUUGGAAUCAUAAUAUAGCUACUUGUUUACCGCAAUUCAUAGAGAAUUACUCUAAAGACGUUGAAAAAAUAAACGAAUUAAAAAAAAAAAAAAAAAAACUUAAUGUAGUUGCUAAAUUAAAAAGUAAAAAAACUAUAACCCCUUCAAAAGUACAGUUUACAAAACAGACAUCAAAUAUUUCUAUGAACAGAGUAAUUAAAGGGGCUUCAUUAGAUUAUCAAAAAUUAAAUACACAUACGUUUAAAAAUAAAAAAAUGGUAACUUCGAUAUUAAAAAAAAAAAUAUUGAAUAAGCAAAUAGAUAAGAAAAAAAAUAAAAAUAUAGACACGAAAAAUAAAAUGAAAACAAAAAAAGGAAUAGUUGAGAAAAAAAAAGCUGAUCUAAAUAAGCAAAAGGGAGCUAACCCAAAAGGGGACAAUAAAGUUAAAAAAGAUAAAAAAAUUGUAAAAGUAGACAAAAAGGAAAAAAAUAAAGUGAAAAAAACUGAGAAAGGUGGAGAUAAAAAAGAUAAAGUAAAAAAUGAUAAAGCUGUUAUAAAAAAAAUCGGGAAACAAGAAAAGGAUAAAGUUGUGGAAAAAAACGAUAAGACCAAAAAGGAUAAUGAAAAAAAAAAUGAUAAAAAUAAAGACAAAGAAAAGACUGAAGAAAAAGGAAAAAAAAAUGAUGGAGUAAAAAAAGUAGACAAAAAAGAUGAAAAAGAAAAAAAUAAAGAUAGCAAAAAGGAUAAAGUUACAAAAAAAGAAGACAAUAAAAAAGACGAUACCAAAAAAGGGGAUAACAAAAAAGACGAUAAAAAAGGGGUGAAAAAAGACGACAAAAAAGAUGAAAAAAAAGAUGACAAAAAAGUUAAAAAACCAAUAAUAAAACCACAAAAACCGAAGAAAUAA